AUGGAAUUUGGAAAUGUGGAAGAAUCUAUCAAGAAAUUGGUUGAAUUAUAUAGAUUUUAACAGGUAUCUGCUCUUCAGGAGGACAAUUCUUAUAUAUAAGCAUUCUCUGAAAAAUAAAUAAAUUCAUUAAUUUGUUGUUUGUUAAUUUAACGAAUGUCUAAGUGGUUAGAUUUGAGCCUAACUUGUACCCAAUUAAACUUCAACCAGAGUGUUGCCAACACGUACAGCAAUCGUAUGAUUCUACAAUAUUAACUAAUAGGUAGUCCCAUGAAUCUGAUUGUGGAUCUUUACAAGAAUUCACGCUAUGGACAAUUGUAUUUAGGAAAUAUUAAUGCAGCCAAUGAUAUUAAAUAUUUAAGAGAACAUUCUAUCAAUGCCAUCGUGGCUGUAAUUGAUACUAGUGAAAUCAAAGUUGAUCCAUCAAUGACUAGAUUAGUAUCAAAAUGUUAUCAUUUUUUAGUGGAUCAUGGCUGAAGAUGCAGAGAAUUUCGAUCUCUAUCGUUACUUUGAUGAAUGUGCUAACUUUAUCAGAGAUCACAUUAAGAAUACCAAUGUGUUUGUACAUUGUUAUGCAGGCAUUUCUAGAUCAGCUUCUAUUGUUAUAGCGUAUAUGAUCAAGCACCUAGGCUACUCUCUCAAAGAAGCACUCAAAAAAGUCAAGGGGGCAAGAUCAAUUGUUGAACCCAAUUCAGGUAUUUAUCACUAUAUUAUUAUAUAGGUUUUAUGAAACAAUUAUAAGAUUAUGAAUACAAACAGAAUCUCAAUUCCCAUCAAGGGACUAGAAAUGGAUCCUCAUAUCAUUCUAACCCUAGGGGAUCAGUUACAUCUGCUAACAAAGGAUCCUUGCACAGUGCAAAACCAUCUUUUUUGGAUAGAAUGUCCUCUGGUUAGAAGGAUCCAAGAAGAGAAGCUGAAAGUCCUUCAGUAAGUCAAUUUUAUGUGAAUGGGAGUGCGAAAUAGAUUAAUAAUAAUAACAAUAAUAAUAAUAAUCUGAAAAGUUUUUUCAAACAAGGAAGCGUAGGAAGUCUAUUGAAAUAGACUAACAAUGACGACUUCUUCAGGAGAUAUUAGAAAUAAAAGAAUGUUGAAAAUAUUUGGAAUCAAGGAAUGAGUGGUCAUCAUAAAUCAGCUAUUGAAAUUAAAUCAGAUAAAAUUGAAUAAGUGAAAUUGACUCUUUAAACUUUUGGUGUCAAGAAUGUGUUUAGUGGAUCAAAUAGUAAUGGGCUACAUUUUCAUCAUAAAGGAUUGUCUUAGGGAUGA